AUGCAGGCAAUUGAGGGGACGACAGCAAAUUCAAAAGAAUCUCUUCCCCAUGUCUCGGACAUCAUCGGUGCACUGCAAAACAUCCUCGCACGUUCACAAGUGAUCAUUCCAGAUCUUGAAACCCCAUACUCCAGGUUCCCCAAUACCGAUCAGUCUACCAUUCCCGAAGGCCAAAGCCUUAUUGACGCCAUCAUCACCGAGCGCCAGCAGCAGGUGAAUGCAGUUCUGCACGAAAUAUCAGGCCUGGAAACCGUGAUGGAUGGUGUUAAGAAUGUUCGUCAGCAACUCGUCGAAAAGAAGGACAGCAUCACCCAGUCCAUGGAUUUGCACAAGGGACUCGUAUCGGUUCUCUGGCGCAUUCCAACAGAAGUUCUAUCCCACAUUUUCGUUCACUGUCUCCCGGAAGCCGGGUGCUUGUCGCCCGCAUCAAACCUGGCCUGCAUCAUGCUGCUGACAAGAAUAUGCCGAGGAUGGAGGGAGGUUGCUGUGGGCGUGCCCAAUUUAUGGUGCAGGUUGUAUAUCAAAGACCGCGACUUGCAGCGGGCAACUUUCUUCUAUGACUCGUGGCUCAAGCGAUCGCGAGGAUAUCCGCUCUCGUUGGAACUCGACUGUCACGCAAAUGACUCGACCAAGCUGAAAAGCCUUCUCCAGCCUUAUAUCAAUCAAAUUUCGUCUCUCUCCAUCAAAUUUUCCAGAACACCGGAUCAACCCGAACUUCUGUUAAAUGACCUCCCAGCACUUCAGGAGCUGACCAUAGCGGGGAUCCACCACAUUCCAUCUAUUGCACAAUCCAUCUCGCGACUCCCGUCCACUCUGCGGAGUCUCCAUGUUAUGGAGUCGUGGUUCGACGUCGAGCACUUAUCUUCUCUCAAUGCCGUAUGGGCCCACCUCACAAAUGUCGAGAUCAACAUAGUUCAUCCGAAUGUAUUCCUCCACUUGCUCCAGCUAUGCCCCAACCUAUCCUCGUUAACGGUUCGCGCAGAUUUUGACCAAAUACGAACCUUGGAGCCAUUCACGCACACCGAAAUUCGGUCCUUACGCACCAGUCCUGUCACUUUGGUCACGCGCCCUUUGACUGGCCUGUUCGAUGCUCUCACUCUACCCAAUUUACGGGUAUUUGAAGCUGGCUAUGUACGGACGUGGCCUCAUGAGGAAUUCAAGGCAUUCCUAGUACGGUCAAAGUGUCCGCUGGAGAGCCUGAAUGUCAACGGUUAUCGAAGUGUGAUGACGGCCGGGCAGCGUGCGGAAUACGCUGUUCUUUUUCCUUCCCUCGAAGUAGUAGCGGGAUCCGAAUUUUAA